CACAGUCCGCCGCUACGACGAGAGCGAGCGAUAGCAAAGACUACAGCGACCGAGCUUAGAGCGGAAGAAAGAAAAAAAAAAAAAGUCCCGCAUUUUAGGUUUCUUUGCCCAUUGCCUAUUUUUCCCGGAUAAUAUAAAGCAACAAACCCUUCAUUUAUUCCUGAGAGAGAGAGGGUGUGCUUCUUCAUUGGGCUGAUGGCCGUGGUGAGCUCGGCGGGGUCGAGCGGCGUGGGGGAGAUCGAGGAGGCGCCGGCGGUGGAGGAGGAGAAGGUUUAUGUGGCGGUGGGGCAGGAGUUCAAGGCCGGGAAGGCCAACUUGUCGUGGGUGCUUCGGUGCACCUCCCGGGACGCGAAGAUUGUCAUCGUUCACGUUCACAGGCCCGCCCAGAUGAUCAACAUGCUUGGGGGCAGAUUUCCUGCAAGCUCACUAAAGCCACAGCAGGUCAAUGCAUACAGACAAUUUGAGAGGGAUAAGAUGAAUAAAAGUUUAGAUGAAUACAUUGCUUUGUGCUCACAGCUAAAGGUAAGAGCUGAGAAACUAGUAAUUGAGACGGACAAUGUUGGGAAAGGGCUGGUAGAGCUCAUUGCUCAAUAUGGGAUCACGAAGCUUGUCAUGGGAGCAGCAGCGGACAAGCACUAUACAAAGAAAAUGAAAGUGCCCAAGUCCAAGACUGCAAUCACUGUUAAAGAAGAAGCUGAUCCAUCAUGCAAGAUAUGGUUCGUUUGCAAAGGAAGCCUUAUCUGUACCAGGGAAGCCGGUUUAGAUGCAUCUGGAAUAUCACAAUCGCCCACAGCCAGCUCUAGCUCAAUAUCUAGCCAGUCUGAACAGUUGAGAUCAUUGUCGUUAUGUCAAGGGCAAUCUGGAUUGAUGAACAGGCACGCAAACCCUGUGCAAGAUCUUUUCAGGCACAGGUCAAGAUCUGAGAAUUAUGGUUCUCCUGAUGGUGAACGUUUGGGAGUGGUAUCCCCGUUGGGGCCUGUUAGAACAUCGACUCAACACAGCAGGUUAAGCACAGAGGGAAGCUCAAUUGAUCCAUGGGAAGGGAUUUCAAGGAGAAGUUCUCAGAGUUCUGACCCUUCAUCAUGGUCAGCAAGUGAUGAAUUACUUAGCAACUCUGGUUCAUUUUCACUGCCUAAGGAUGAUGAGAGUGAAAUUGGGUCUGUAAGGUUACCAUCAGUGCAUGAGUCCAACCAGGAUCUUCAAUUUUCAUCUCCACAUCAUGAGCUGGAAGACUUGGGUUUAGAUGCCGAUGUAUACACUAAACUUCAACAAGCCCUAACAGAGGCUGAGAACUUAAAAAACGAAGCUUAUGAAGAGUCACGUAGGCGUCAGAAAACUGAGAAGGAGCUGGUUGUGGUUCUGCAGAAAGCCAAGGCAUCAGAGGACUUACAUGCCAAGGAGGUAAAACAAAGGAAAGAAAUUGAGGAAACACUCGCAAGAGAAAAGCAGGAAGUAGAAAAGCUAAAAAAUCAGCAAGAUGAAAUAAACGAACAACUCCGAAAGGCAAACGAGCAGAGGUUGGCAUUGGAACUUCAGAUUGCUGAUUCUGAUUGUAUUGCCAAGGAUUUAAAAGAAAAACUAUCAGCAGCCCGAUACCUCCUCCAUUCUCUCCAAGCAGAAAAUGAGGUGCUGCAGCGGGAGCGAGAUAAUGCAGUUAAAGAAGCUGAAGAGCUACGUCAGAGGAGAGAGCGGUUGAUCACUGGUAAUCAUGAGGAAUUGAAUGCUGAGUUUUCCUACUCAGAUCUUGAGCAAGCAACUCAAAAUUUCAGUGAUUCACUGAUGAUUGGAGAAGGUGGAUUUGGAAGGGUGUAUAAAGGUUUUCUCCGCAACACUGCCGUGGCUAUAAAGAUGUUGCAUCCUGGAAGUCUGCAAGGUCGAUCAGAGUUCCAUCAAGAGGUAGCUGUUCUCAGUAAGGUGAGGCACCCAAAUCUGGUUACACUCAUAGGAGCAAGCUCAGAAUCUUGGGCUCUUGUGUAUGAGUUCCUUCCCAAUGGAAGCCUCGAAGACCGUCUUACCCGCAUGAACAAUACGCCACCCCUCACAUGGCAAGUCCGUACCCGGAUUAUUGCGGAGAUUUGUUCAGCUCUGAUCUUCCUACACUCGAAUAAGCCCCACCCUGUGGUUCAUGGUGACCUCAAGCCUGAUAACAUCCUUCUUGAUGCCAAUUUUGUUAGCAAGCUUGGUGACUUUGGGAUCUGCCGUCUUAUCAUCCAGUCCAGUACUACCACUGCAACUCUCUACUGCCACACACACCCCAAGGGCACCUUUGCUUACAUGGAUCCUGAAUUUCUUAUCACUGGGGAACUCACACCACAAUCUGAUGUCUACUCCUUUGGGAUCAUAAUCCUACGACUCUUGACUGGGAGACCUGCCUUGGGCAUUAGUAGAGAAGUACAGAAUGCCUUGGAUAAAGGAUCCCUGCAUGAUACGAUUGAUCCCUCAGCAGGUGACUGGCCUUUUGUGCAGGCCAAACAGUUGGCCCACUUGGGUGUGAGAUGCUGCAAGAUGAGCCGGAAAAGCCGUCCAGAUCUCAUGGGGGAUGCUUGGAGGGUGAUUGAGCCCAUGACAAAGGCUGCUUCAUUAUCUCUGUCACCAUCAUCAUUUGGGUCAUUCUCAUCUGACAAUAACCGCAUCCCAUCCUACUUCAUCUGUCCAAUACUUCAGGAGAUCAUGAAGGAUCCACACAUAGCAGCAGAUGGCUUCACGUAUGAAGCUGAGGCUAUACGAAGUUGGAUUGAUGGCGGGCACAACACCUCACCUAUGACCAACCUAAUGCUUCCCCAUUGCGAGCUUAUUCCAAACCGUGCUCUUCGUUCUGCCAUCCUGGAAUGGCAGCAGCAGCAGGUGUUGUGAAUCUUUGCUCAUUUGUAAUAUCUUUGACACUCUUCAUUUCUCAAUUGUCUAUGCAUGUAUUCAGAUCCCAACCAUGAAGAAUAUUUUUGUGUGUAUUUGUAUGAUUAGCUAGAUGUUGUUUCUAAAUUAAUCCAGGAGUAAAAGGUGUAACUGAAUUCUUUUGUUUAUGUAAAUUUUUGAAUUUUUCUGCCGUCA